AUGGCUGAGAACGGGGCUGCCCUCACUCGGCUUUCUGGAGACGUCAGCCUGGAUGAGACGGAGAAGCUUCCGGUGACUUUGCUCAGUGGCUUCUUGGGCGCUGGGAAGACGACUAUGCUCACCCAUGUCUUGAACAACCGGGAGGGCAUGCGGGUCGCGGUCCUCGUGAACGACAUGGCAUCGAUCAACAUCGACGCGGACCUUGUGGCCGACGGCGUGCGCUUGCAGGAGAAUAAAGACAAGCUGGUGGAACUCCACAACGGCUGCAUCUGCUGCACGCUGCGCGAGGAUUUGAUAGAGAGUGUCAAAGCUUUGGCGUUGGAGCGCCGCUACGAGCACCUCCUAAUUGAGAGCACCGGGAUCUCCGAGCCGAUGCCAGUGGCCAGCACCUUCGCAGCCUCCGAUGACAAGGGCUUGGCGCUUCUGGGCGGUGUGGCGAGGUUAGAUACACUGGUAACAGUGGUGGAUUGCAAGAACUUCCUGAAUGAUUAUCGCUCGGAGGAGAGGGCCGUCGACCGAAAGGAGUUGGGCGCUGAGGACGGCGACAAGCGCUCCAUUGUGGACCUCCUGGUGGAGCAGGUGGAAUUCGCCAACAUGCUGGUCCUGAACAAGACCGAUCUCGUCUCUUCCGAGGAUCUUGAUCGCCUCAAAGGCAUUCUGCAGAGGCUGAACCCAGCGGCACGCAUAGUCGAGAGCCAGUUCGGUGUCGUCAGCCCGAAGCUCGUGCUGAACACCGGCAGCUUCGACAUGAAGUGGGCGAGCAUGGCCCCGGGAUGGGCGCGAGAGCUCCAGGGGCAGGGCCACAG